CCGUGCCGUGCGUGCGCUGACAUCGGCAGGCGCGGGAGAGAGUGUGGGCGUCGUAUCGCAACCUGGGCAUGGUUGGUCCGCGUGCCUAAUCGAUGCGUCGGUACCAGCCCUGCCAGAGCCAAAACAUCCAAGUCGGGGUGCGCGUCAGGUAUGUACACAGAGGGAUGAAAGGGAGGCGGGCCAGAUGCACGGGCGGAACGUCGGCCUGAUGGAUUCAUGGAUGGAUGGAUGGAUGUGGGCGUGUUGUGCAACCCACCUGUAGGCCUCCGUUGGGUGAGUGCGAGUCGUCUGUGGUUAGAGUAGUGGGCAAUGCGGUGCAACUGUCGGGCCUCGACAAGAGCUUCGUCUUCGACCACGUCUUUGACCAUGACUGCACACAGCAGGAGGUCUUCGCAGGUGCGUAUGUAUGUGUGUUAGUCGGCAUGCCGUGUGGCACCAAACACAGCCGAUAUCACAAAAUGCACAUACGUGUGUUGUCCUCCCUGUCUGCUGUCUGGUUGGCUGGCUGUGUGUGUGUGUGUGUGUGCGUGUGUGUGUGAGCAGCCAUCGGCGGGCCGCUUCUGCAGGCCGCCACAGAGGGAUACAACGCCACUGUGUAAGGGGAGAGGAUAUCAUAUCGACAACGGGCACAUCAAUCCCUCAAUCUGUUUCAUGUGAUGUGUGGGUCAGGUUUGCGUACGGGCAGACCGGUUCGGGCAAGACGUAUACCAUCCAGGGCCCUCUCGCAGAUGCGGACAACCAGGGGGUCCUCCCCAGGGUAACCACAGCACCACCGCACACCUACAAUACAAAGAGCACAAGGCUUUCGUUCGUUUGUUUGUUGGUUGGUUGGCUGGCUGAUGGAUGGCCGGUGUGGUGGGUGUGAUGGCUGUGCUGCGCUGCACACACAGACGUUAGAGCGCAUAGUGGACGAGAAGCGUCGCGUAGAGGUUGAGGGUCAGCAGCAGCUGCUGAUAAAGUGUUCCUACUGCGAGAUAUACCAGGAGCAGGUCUACGACCUGCUCGUCAUCAACAGCCCCGCACUCAGCCUCAGAGAAGACAUCAACAAGGGGGUAACUAACGAAACAAACAUUGACUUACACACGGCACGGACAAUAGCAAAGGGUUCCUAGAUGGGAUGGCUGUGUUGUGUUGUGUGUCCGGGUCAGGUGUACGUUGACUGUUUGUCUGAAGAGGUUGUCGAGGAGCUCGAUGAGGCACUCACGGUACGUCACACAGGCACAUCCAUCCAUCCGUCCGUUCAACUACACUGUGGUGCUGGUUGGCCUGGCGUGCCCUGCCAGCUGUUUGAGCGUGGUGUGGCCCACCGGCACAUCGGCGAGACCACCAUGAACAGAGAGUCGUCACGCUCACACGCAGUACGCCAUCCCAUCGAGCACCAACCACAAAGGAAUACCUGUUUGUCCAACCCUCCCUACUUGCAUCUUCCUGGCGCCAUGUCAUGUCAGGUGUUCACCAUCUCCAUCCAAUCAAAGCGGGCGGAGUCUGAGGGUAACUAUCGCAAUAUAUGCAGCAAAGACAAUGAAGCCUGCCUGUGUGUGUGUGUGUGUGUGUGUGUGUGUUGCCUUGUGUUGUGUGGGAUGGAUGGAUCAAUCAGGUGUGACGAACACGCGUCGCUCUCUGUUCCACAUAGUGGACUUGGCGGGCUGUGAGCGGCAGACGCAGAGCGACUCGACGGGCGAGAGGCUGCGGGAGGCCGGCAUGAUCAACAAAAGCCUCUCAGGUACACACACAUACACAUACACACACACAUGAGCACCACACACACUGCAGUGUCGUGGAUUCAUUCGUGUGUGGUGUGUAUGCCCGUGUGUGUCAGUGUUGGGCAACGUGAUCAAUGCGCUGUCGAUGGAGGAGCGGGGUUUCCGCCGCAGACACAUCCACUACAGAGACUCCAAACUCACAUUUCUGCUGCGAAACUCACUCGGGGGUAAAAAGGAAAUACACGCGGCCGCAUGCACACUGCGGUCGUGUCUGCCAUAUGUGUGUGUGUGUCGAGUAGGUAACUCUCGCACUGUGAUGAUUGGCACUCUGAACCCCACGGCCUCGUGCUGGUCCGAAAGCCACUCCACUCUACAGGUAAGUGGGGCAACCAACCACACCACACCACACCACACACAGACAGACAGACAGACGAUGUACCACUAACUAUGUGGUGUCUGUCUGUCAUGUGGAUGUGUGUGUGCAGUUUGCGCAGCGUGCCAAGAAGGUCCGCAACAACGCCGUCAUCAACGAAGACAUAUUCGGUACGCAAAUGCAUUCACAUCCACACAUGCUAUCCUCCACGCGACGGCCCGCUGAUGUGUGUGGCCGUGUGGCGAUAUAUCAGGGUCUGCGGAAUACCUCCGUCAGCAGAACCGGAAACUGCGCGAAGAGCUACAGCAGCUGCAGAACCAAAUGCAGCACCAGCAACCAAGUACUUUAUUCAGGGAGGCACAGAGAGAGCUUCCCAUUAUCUUUUCCAUCCAUCCAUCCAUCUGUUAGGCGGUGCGUAUGAGCGGUCCGGGUCCCACUCGCCCCGCCAGCUGCCUGUGUCCACCAAGGUACGCACGCGCACCACAUUCACUCAUCCACUGACAUGUCUGUGUCAGUCAGUAUGGGUGUGUUUGUCUUGUUGUCAUCCCUCCCUCCCCCCCUCCCUCCCUCACCCCUCUGUAAUCCAUUCAGCGUUUGCGUGAGCUGGAGGAGUCCAACGUGCAGCUGCAGAAGUCACUCAAAGAAAGAGAGGUAGGUCGGGUCGCCCCCUCACCCAAACAGACAGACAGACACGGAGUGGGCUCACCAGUGGACGUGACGUGGAUGUGGGCGUCUGUGUGCGAGUUCCAGGCGACGUCUGAGGCCGAGAUCAGCCAGCUCCACGUACGCCAAGUGCAUCCACCACACCCACAGUACAGUGGAUCAAUGUGGGUGUGCCGUCUGUGUCCGUCCGUCUGUCUGGUCAGGAGCGCAUCUACGAUUUGGAGCGCAAGGCCGACCGGGGGCUCAAGUCACACUGGAUGCAGAAGGUCAGCUCAGCCAGGGGCCACCCCACCAGCGUCCAGUCCAGGUGGGUGUCAUUCUACCUCACCUGUCCUCCUCAUGUGGGCAGGUCAAGGACGCCGCCAACGCACAGACACACAGCAACGGUCAGUCAGCAGGCAGGGAGGGAAAGAGAGAGGAACCCUCCGCACACUCACUUCACCCCCGCUCAUGCAUCGCCCCCCCUUCCACGUUUCUGUGUGUGUGUGUGUGUGCAGACGUGAGGUCUGCGGCGAGCCCCUCCCCUGUGCGCGACGACACCGAGCGUAAGCUGGCCGACUACGACCACAUGAUGGACCGGAUGCGGGAGUUGGAAGGUGCACUCAGAGAUGCUGAACGGGUAAGAGGCAGGCCAGGUGGGGGGAUAUAUGGGUGAGCGAAUGUCCUGUGUUGAUUGAUUUGUGAAUGGAUCGAUGGCUCAGGAGAAGCGUUCGGCGGAGAGUCGUGCGGAGAGUUUGGCUCAGCGUGUGGUUCAGCAGAAGGGGGACCACGAGCGUAGCGUGGAGAUGCUGCACGACAGGAUAGCCGAGCUGCGCCAGCAGAACGAGGACGUCGAGGAGCGCCGGCAGGGGCUGCAGCUCCAGUGGACUAAAGACAACAGAACCAUUGUGCAACUCAAGCACGAGGUACGCAGACACGCACACACCUGUUUGGUGCAACAAGAGGCAUUCGUGUCGUCGUCGCGUGUUGUAUGUCCCUUCUUUGGUCAGAUUGAGACGCUCAAGAACCAGCUGACGACGGAGCGAAGCCUUAAAGCCGUAAGGGCAGUGCAUUGACCGAAAUGUCGCCAUCCGGUGGGUCAAGUCACAGACAGUGCCGUUGGUUGGUUGUGUGUCGUUCAGGACCUUCAUUUCGAGGUGACCCGACACCGCGACAGACGGCGAGAGAAAUUGCAGGAAAAGUAAGGCAGCAGCAGCAGGCAGAAACCAUCACCGCACCAUCCAGUUUACGCGUCUGUGUGUUGCACAUCACAUACCCACCAUAUAUCAGGAAGCGUCGUGCCAGUUUGGUGCCGAUGAGCAGCCACAGCUGCGGCGACAUCGACGACUCCCCGCCAAAGGAGACCCCACCCCGCAACCAGCCCCGACGUCGCAUGACCAUGGCCGCGCCAGACAUGCCGCUGCCGCUCUCCGCCGGCACCUCAGAGGACGAUGCAUCCAGGAGCCCACCGUCAGGCUCGCCACAGGAGCCACAACCGUUCAAGUGACUGAGUGACGCACGGAGAUCUUGCAGCAUCCACCUCACCUGCGGCUGUGGUGUUGUCGUGUUGCAGCAGGUUGGGUGGGGGUCGUCCGUCCCGUCUGCAGGCACUGGAGCCGCUGAGAGAGGAGGACGAAGAGGACGUCGCAGAGGAGGAGGAAGACGACGAGGACGACCGGGCGGAGUCAUCGGCGGCACCUGACGAGGCCUCCUGCACCGAGGGGGACGGGGAGGGCGAAGUAGAUGGCGAUGUUGGCGAUGACAUAGAGUCGGUCCAGCGUCUGGAGGCUGACCUGCGGGCGGUGGAGGACGAGAAAGACGCGCUUCGGCUGCAGCUGGAAAACAUGGAGACGGAACUCGAAACGGAGACCAACAGACGGUCAGUCAGGGCGAGAGGGAGGGAGGGGGAUCAGGUACACGUGGCUAUACGUCUGCCGGUCUGUUGCGCUUGCGUGUCAGUCGCGAGGCCGAGUCUCAGGUGCAGGAGGCCCAGCUGGAGGCGCGGACGUAUAGAGAGAAAUCCGAAAUGUCCAGGUACUUGAAACAAACGAGUGGCGCAGCCAGCAGAUGAGUCCGCCAACUCUCUGGGACUUUUCUAUGUGUGUGCAUCCCUCCGUUCCGUGUGUCCAUCGCUUGAUUGACAGUGCGAGUUUGCGUACGAUAACUGAGGAGCUGACCAAGACGCGCGACGCCGCCAACAGACACAAACAAGAACUGGAGGACAUUAAGUCACCCACAUACACACCACACCACACCACACCAUACCAUGCCAUCCGUCGCGUGUGUGUGUGUGUGUGUGUGUUUAGGUUGAGUAUGCGUGGUCAGGAGGAGAUGGACGAGCUGACGCGGGAACUGACCGAGCUCAGACAGAAGGAAAACGCAUGGGAGUCAGUGAGGGAAAGACCGACAAACGUUCGAACAGCUGGUUGCACGUAUCUCAUCUGUCUGUCUUUCUUUCGGCCCACUCAAUAGGAUGGACGUCGACACCCUCAAGGGCGAGCUACAUGCCGCCAGACGCCAGGCGGCGGAGGACACCACCGCACUGCAGCAGCGGCUACAACACGCCGAGACGGAGAAAGCCGACCUCGCAAACAAAAAGUGCCGCCGUGCAUUGCAAGCGAAGAGAGCACUCUCUCUACUCUGGUUUCUGCACCUGUGUUCGGUUGGUUGUGUGUGUGAGUUUGCAGCGGUGAGCUGUUGAGGUCUUUGGAUGACUUGCGGGCGGCCAACGCACAGAUGACGGAGGCCAUCUCGACCGAAAGGUGUCCUGUCCCCUGACCAUCCAUCCAUCCAUGAGAGCUGUGUCUGCGUGUGACUCGUGUGUGGCACGUAUGACUGGACUGGCAGGUCCACCUCGGGUCGGCUUGGGGAUGCGCUGCGGGCCGUCCAGGGCCGCAUACACGACUUCCAACUCAGGCAGCCACACCACACCACACCACAAGAAUGCAUCCCCACUCCUCAUUGUUCUGUCUGUCUGCACACGUGUGCAUCAGGUCGACGUGCAGCCAGUUGCGGAGCGACAUCGAGGGCUCGGCCAGCCACAUCAAACAAGGGCUGGCGUCGCUGCAGAGCGCCCUCGAGGAGCGUGUGGUGGCGGAGGUCGGCAGGGCACACAGACACGCCGACGCCCUCGCAACACAACUCAGCCAACGAGAGGUACUGGACGCCCGCCCUUCUCAGCUGAUAUGGAUGGAUGGAUGCGGUUUAUCUAUCUGUCUGUCUGUCUGUCUGUGUGUCCCUGUAGGAGUAUGUGCGUCGCCUGGAGUGCGAGGUGCAGGAGGCUGGCAUGGCCGAGGGCAGACUCAAACAACUCGAGGAGACCAACCAAAAGGUAAGGACGAACAGACAGACAGACAGACAGACCCACACGCACCCUAACAAGGCGACACGAGCACCCAUCCCAUCCGGCAAUCUCUGUGCUGUGUGCAUCUUCUUCGUGCAGAUGUUGUGUGAGUUGGAGUCGGCCAGGGGGCAGGCCGCCGAGGCCGCCGACCUCAGGGAAGAGGUAUGUUCGCCAGCCAGCUCCCCGCACUCCCCGGCCCCAAACCGCCUGCUUGUCCGGGUCGUGUGCUGUGCGCCUCAGCUGUCGCGUGUCAAGAAGGAGCACGAGAAGGCCGAGGCGCAGAUCGCAAAGCUCAUCGGACAGCAGAACCUCGCGCAGAGAAUCAAACACACACAAGAUGUACGUGUGUAUCUACGUAUGCAUGGGAGACACACACACACACCUAUACCCCCGUGCUCGUGUGUGUGCACAAUAAGCAGAUGAAGAAGGAGAUCAACGUGCUGAAGGAGCAGCUGCUGAGAGAGCGGCAAGAGCGCGUCCGCUUCAUGCAGGCUUACGGACAACAACCGGUCGGUAUCACAACACACCACACCACUACAACCAGUGUGACCACCACACACCUCCUUGUCUGUCUGUCUGUCUGUCUGUCUGUCAGGAUGCGAGUCUGCUCAACGCCAUCCGCCGUCUGGAGAAGGAGCGCAAAGAGCAGGAGGACAACAACCUCCCGCCCCCACCGCCACCCGCAGCAGCAGUCGGCAUGCACUCCCCCCUCCCGCCCACCUCCCCCGACAGCACCAGCCAACUGAUGCCUCCAGUGCCCUCCCACCACCACCCCAGCAACCCGGGGCCCCGGCGCGAGACCGACGCGCGUACGGGGUCGACGAGGUAUAACCUGCGGUCCAAGAGGUCACAUAGCCAGGCACCCACGCCCAAGGGGUAAGCGACUAGUCAGGUCACCUGACUGAGUAGAUAGCUGAGCUGAGAGAGGGGGGUGGGUGGGCCACGGGAUGGACGGCUGCAUGGCUACGUCCGUGAUAGUGAGUGUGCGUGCGGACGGCCAUCUUUCUGGCUUUCAUGUGUGUGAGUGUUAGUAUGAGCGUGGAUUGGAUUCGUGUGCGGAAUUAUCCGAGUGCAUGUGAGGUGAUGUGGGCUCGGUCACGGGGUCGGUCGGUCGGUCGGUCUGUCGGUCGGUGGUCGUGCCAGGAGCAUAUUCGACUGCCCUCAAUAAGUCCCGUCAUGUAACUGUCUCUCUGUCUACAUCGACCGACGCAUAUCGUCAGUCAGCCACAUCCCAUAUGGCCAUUCCAUCC